UAGGAAAAUAAAUAUUGUAAAUACCUUUUCAGUGUCCUAUAAUACGAACAUAUACGUCAAAAGUAGCUUGUAAAUAGCUUUCUCAGUCAACAGUCUCCUCAGAACAAUGAUCAGUUAUAUCUGAGAACUGUGCGAAGAAAGUUAAACAUCUAAUUUCUCUGCUAAGGGAAAUAAAAUAUAUCCUUAUGGCCAUUUUCACGGAUUUUUUGUCAGAUAUAAUAUAUUAUCCAUGGUCAAACGAUUAUAUGUGUCAUGAUGAUUUCUUUCAUCCAAACAUUUGCCACGUUUGCAAGAAGACCAAUGAUGAUGAUUUGAUAAUAUGUGAUCAAUGCUACAUGGUCUCUUACUGCUCUAAUUUACACUUAUCAGUAGAUCGCAGCCGCCAUGAGGAAUUCUGCAGUUCCAUAAAAAAAUACGUCUUAGACAAGUACAAAGGGAAUUGGCGCUCCAGAAUAUUUUGCAUAUAUAAAUGGAGGCACUCCAGAUAUGAGUUUUUGUACGAAAUAUCCAUGCAGUUCUCACACAACCUAGCGUUGUACCAAAUCCAGAUGAUCGUUUUCCCAAAAGCAUGUUAUGAGUGCUAUCGACAAGAUGAUUUGCAUUCCUGUCAAACAUGCUAUUCCGAAUAUUAUUGUGUUAAACAUGCAGAACUUUUUCCCGCUGCUCACUCAUCAAAAUGCCAAUCGUUGAAAUUAUAUCUCAACUCAAAUAUCAUAAAUCGCAAUUUUCGAAUACUUGGAUAUACAAUGGAUUCAUAUCGGGAACAAUAUAUUGAAUUUCCUGAUGAUAAGAGACCUGUUGAAAACAUGGAAGAUUUUAUUACGGAGUAUGUACGGAACUAUCAUCAUAGGAAUAUUCGAGCCUGGACUUCUGAUGAAUAUGUGUUUUCCGAUUACGCAUCACGCCCAUUAACGCUGUAUGAUGGAAUGAAGAAAGCCGGAUUAUUAGAUAAUUUAAACGUAAAAGAAUGCGUUGUACAUAUAAUAUCGGAAGAUAUCGUUGAGAGACAAUAUGUGUAUGCUUGGGAAAUUCUCUUGCAUCUUUUACAUCGCAUUAAGAUUUUAAAAAUAGUACUAAUAGGAAAAAGAUUCGAAAUAGAAGGUUUUUGCCUCCAAACUUGUAAGAAUUGUAUUAAGCGUCAGCAGAUAUAUAUGUUCGAGUCUUAUUCUAUGUUUUACAAUGAUUAUGCGUCCGGUCCGUCGUUUCGGCAUCCAAAUGUGAUUGUAACGUUUCAAGCAGAUUUUAAUUUAUUCCAUUGGACAUGGAGACCUAUUGCGUUGGAAUUACAUCGUAUAAAAAGUCCAUAUUUUCUAACUGCCGGGUCAAAAUUAAUAGCGGAAAAGAACGUAAAAAGCAUACAAAAAUUUAUAAAUGAAAAGCCUAAAUAUAAUGCACCAAAUAGUUUUAAAUCUCAUAUACCAUGCAGACUAUUGUCUCUUACUGACAUUGGUUAUCCUAAUUCGUAUGUAACUAUUUAUGAUUAUUCAAAUUUGGAGGACUCAGAAACAGGGACCUGUUCUCUUUGGGACUUCUGAGCACGAUAGAUUUGAAGAUCUUGUGCAAAAUAAUUGCUAUGUUUCUUUGAUAAAUUGCGUAUAUAAAUUCCCAAUUUUUUAUAAAUACAUUAUGCUUACUACUAUAUUGUGAAUGUGUUACUUUUAGAAAUAUUUUUUUAUGGUUUUUUUUAUCAAUUAUGAAUAUUUUUAAUAAAAGAUUUAUAUAUUUAA